AUGUCAUGUCAACAUGCCACGUCAUCAAAACUGACAAAUUAUCAUGACACGUCAGCAGGUAACCGAGUUAACCGGUCAAGUGGUCUGCUUUUAUUAAAGGUUGACUUUGAGAAGGCUUAUGACUCCUUAUAUUGGGAUUAUUUAUUGGAAAUCAUGUCUAUUAUGGGAUUUAGGUCUAAGUGGUGUCAGUGGAUUAAGGAGCUUUUGUCGACAGCUAGGGCUUCUGUGUUGAUUAAUGGUUCCCUAACUGAUGAAUUUCAAAUUCACCGUGGAUUGAGACAGGGUGAUCCGCUUUCGCCUUUUCUUUUUAUUCUGGCUAUGGAGGGUCUCCAUAUUACUUUGACGAGGGCCCGAGCUGCGAAUGCUUUUAGAGGGGUUUCUAUUUCUGGUACUGAGAAUUCUCAUCUCAUGUAUGCGGAUGAUGUGAUGCUGAUCACUCCUUAG